CUUGCAAAAGGGGAAAUGGGAACGAGGUCAAAUUUCUACAAGAACCCUUCCCUCUCCUACAAGAAAGAUUUAAGUCUCUCCUCUGCUCUCCAAAACCUGAAAGGUAAAAGUUUCUCUUCUUCCCUUUUCUGUUCUCUCGUUUUCUUCCGAACCAAACAGGUUCAAGAAAUACACGAAUUUUCCUUCCUCCAAUUCGCAGCAUAUAAUAUCGCCACCGGAGAUGCUCCUCCUUCGGUGGAACACGAAGCACAACCUCCAGUUGACGAUAAAAUUGGGUGCAAGAAACGCUCGAGAGAGCGAAAGCCAUUCUCACCGCCUGAUCGUAGGCGUGAAAUCGAAGAGAACGAUGGACCUAUGUCUCAUCAGGAUUACAUUCUAAAAAGACGGAGGGAAGUUAGUUCAUCUCAUGGUUACGAGGAAUUAAGUGUGGAUAUUUUGCAAGCUUCCAGUUCGAGUGUAAAUUUGGUAGACUAUGGAAGUGAUGGAAGUGCUUCUUCCGAAUGUAAAGAAAGUCAGGAUCCUCCAGAUUCUGGUCAUGUGAAUGAAGUAGAUCAAGUUAAGAGCAGAAGUGAGCAACGUUUUCCUCUUCCAGGAGAACCUAUUUGUGUAGUUUGUGGUAGAUAUGGAGAAUAUAUAUGUGAUAAGACUGGUGAUGACAUUUGCAGCAUGGAGUGUAAAUUUGAUCUUUUGCAAAGCCUAGAAGUAACUGAGAAAUCCUUGAGCAACCAAAAUUCGUUGCUCUCAUCAUCUGAACUGACAUCUAUCUCUCUGCUGCCUGAACUUGCGGAGGACACUUGGGAUUACGACAACCAUCGCUGGUCGAAAAAGAGAUCUAGUCUUUGUACCUACAAAUGUUGGAAAUGCCAGAGGCCUGGACACCUUGCUGAAGAUUGCUUGGUCACCACAACUGAGCAGGUGACCAUGAGGCAGAGCAAGCUCACUUCCAUAUCCAGAGAUCUUCUUGAACUGUACAGAAGAUGCCAUCAGAUAGGGAAAAACUUAUCGAGUGCAAGCUGUAAUGCAUGCUGCAGCUCAAUAGGUCUAGCAACAUGUCUUGAUUGCAGCACUGUCCUUUGCGACAAUGCAGGUCAUUUGAAUGAACAUAUCCAGACCCAUCCAUCCCAUCAACAGUAUUACUCACAUAAACUUAAGCGACUGGUGAAAUGCUGUAAGUCCACGUGCAAGGUGACCAACAUUAGGGAUCUUUUGCUUUGCCACUACUGCUUUGAUAAGGCCUUUGACAAGUUCUAUGAUAUGUAUACUGCAACCUGGAAAGAAGCUGGGCUUUCGAUCAUUUGGGGUUCCAUUUGCUGUGAUGAUCACUUUAUGUGGCAUAGGAUGAACUGCUUAAAUGCAGAUGUGGAAGACCGAGCAUAUAUAAUCAGUGGAGACACAGAACGAGAGACACAUGUUCAGCUCAGUGACUUCAUUUUCUAACAUGGUAGUGGAGGCAAAUAGCUUGCUGGUGGGUUCUUCCGUGAUCCAGUAUUUAUGGGAUCAUAAUUCUUCGAAAUGGCAUUGCGUUUAGCUUGCCUAUAAAGCUGCACAUAAUCUGUUUCAUUCAAGUUUUAAGGUCUUGAAUAUCUAAAAAUAAAAAUAAGAGGUCUUUAUUUAUUUUCUA